CAUAAACACCGAGCUCCCCUCGAGAGGCCACGCAAAGGUGUUGUCGCCUCCGGCAGUAAACUCCUUCCAGCACAGCUUCUGCUGAAUCGCUUUCACUCAGUGGUUUUUGAUUUAUUUAUUUACUUGUUACUCUUUUCAACUCCCUCCCUCUCCUUAAUGACAUAUGUCCCCCUGUCAAGGCCACCAGUGGUGACAUUGUUCCAAAACCAUAUUCUACUUGGAAUGCAGCGCCCAUCCGUUUAUUUUUAUUUUUAGGUAGCCUUGCUGGUAUUUCGCGUCGCCACCGAUGAUCGUGCAGGAGCGGUACUUCGAUUACACACUCUGCCCAAGUCCUGAUAGUUAGAGCGCUCUUUUGCGCAAGAUUUUACUAUUUCAACACCUAGAUACUUAAUAUCGAACCCACGAAUACAAACUCCUGUUACGGUCACGAUCCGCCUACGACCCCCUGAGAGAGCAACAACCCCCAUCAUGGAUUAUGGCAAGCUGCGAGCGGCCGCGCUCAAUCACGGCGAAGACGAGGAAGCCGUCACGGUCGAUACUCGAGCCCUAAUCGACAAGGUGUUAGCUAGAUAUUCGGGGGAAUGGACCACCUUGCGAGAGCUUAUACAGAACGCCGCCGAUGCACAGGCGACCACGGUCAAGAUAAAAUGGGAGACACUGCCUUCCACACAGGUACCCCUUCCUUCGACCCCCAACAGGUCCGACAUACUCAAACAUGUUCUGCAACACCAUACCUUGCGACGUUUGGUGGUAUCCAACAAUGGUCAGCCCUUUGCCAAGACGGAUUGGGCGAGGCUCAAGAGGAUUGCCGAGGGAAACCCGGAUGAAACCAAGAUUGGCGCUUUUGGUGUUGGAUUCUACAGUGUCUUCGCCGAUUGUGAGGAGCCCUUCAUCAGUUCGGGAAGUGAGGCUAUGGCAUUCUACUGGAAGGGCAACGCUCUUUUCACCAGGAAGCUACAACUCGGAGACGAGCAAAAGUCAAACGACACUGCCUUCGUCCUAGACUAUCGAAACGCCACGACUACUCUGCCGAAUCUACUCUCAGUCGGGCAAUUCUUAGCCACGAGUCUGACGUUUGUGUCGCUGCAGCACGUUGAGUUCUGGAUCGACGAUUAUCAGAUCUUGUCUUUGCACAAGAAGACGAGUCCAAGUGCCGAAGUCACUUUGCACAGAGAUAUCGAGACCACUACCAAGGACCGUAUCAUGAAGAUACAAAAAGUCGACAAGGCUAGUGUUCAGAUUGAUGCUUCAUAUAUGAGUGCCAUGGGUUGGAAACCCCAGAUCGCCGCAAAGGCAAAUGAAUCGUAUGGCAUGGGCAACGCUGAAGUGCCCUCGUUGCGCAGCUUUUUCUCGAGGCUGACAGCUAACACGGCAUCUACGAAGGCAAAGAAAGCCGCCAAGGAAGAAAAGGCUGUGCAGGAGGCUAUCGCAGAAGAUAUAACCGCCACGACCAACUCGAGCAUCUUCCUCAGGGUCACCACCGCCAACAUCAAGACUUCUGUCACGGCGAGCUUUUCCGCAGAGCUGGAGCGAGCCACCAAGAAGCCCCCGCCCAAGAUGACCAAGCUUGCUAUCUUGACCUCGUCCUAUGACGAAGUGAAAGCCUCGGAAAGCUCCACCCAGUCCACAUCUCUUUCGAAAGCCAUUGAUGUCUUUGCAUCGGUACUACCAAGUAAGACAACCAAGAAGACGAACGGUCGUAUCUUUAUUGGGUUUCCAACUACACAGACUACCGGUGCGGGGAUGCAUAUUUCUGCUCCAUCGGUUAUUCCGACUGUUGAGCGCGAGGCCAUUGAUCUUAAUGCGCGCUGGGUGAGAAACUGGAACAUCGAAAUGCUUCGAGCAGCUGGUAUCAUGACGAGACUUGCUUUCGCCAACGAGAUGAGUGAGCUCCAGCAGAAGUUGCAGCGGGCUGCUGAAUCACCUGGAGCGAAGGUCAGUCCUGAGGUAAUAGCGAAGCAUUUGCCAGAAGCGAUGCACAUUUUGAACUCCUUCGCCUUUGGGGAAUCCACGCCGAGCGCACAAGUCUCCCAGAUCAUCGAGGAAGCGUUCUGGACUUCUUAUAAGAAGGCACACAUCGAGAUAUACAGCACUCGUGGCGUGCGCUUGACCACUCAAGUCCGUCUGGGCUCUGAGGAGCAUAUGAAAUUUGUGCCCGGAAUUCCAGUCAUACCUUUAGAGCUCAGAGACAACGAGUUUGUAAACAAGUUGACUUACUACGAUCUCUUAUCGGAGAUCACUGUGGACGAUGUUCGACAAGAGCUAUCUGAAUAUCCAAUGAACAAGUAUCAACUCUCUGCCUUUCUCCAAUGGGCCUGCAAGAGAGCCGCUCAAGGCGAUCUCAGCGCUGCGGAUAAAGAUCGACUUCUUGAUGCUGCAAUUGCAACACUAGACGAAAACGGUGCCGGUCAGGGUGGUAUCAUUACUCUGGGGAGCAUCAAGCACUUCAUCAUCCCUAACAAGAUUCCUUCCGGCCUGCCGAUUCCACCCUCGACUAUUCCCUACGAGUUCACCAAAUCGAUCAAUAACAAUGACCUCAGAUCGUUGGGUUGGGAGUCUUUGGAAAUUGUGCCCUGGCUUCGGUUCCUCUUAGAGACUAGGUCGAGUCGAUCCGACCGCGAAGACUUCACAAAGACACCUGAGUUUGCGGUUCAGGUAUUGACGGUGCUUUCUAAAGGGUGGGACGGCCUUAGUCCGAGCUCGAGGGAAACAGUGGUCGCGUUACUCAAGGCCCAUACUUCGAUGCCAACCAAGCUGGGAAUGAGAAAACCUACAGAUUCAUUUUUUCCGUCAGUCAAGCUUUUCGAUGACCUGCCGACCAUCUCCCAGCAAUGUGCGGGAUUGAAAGACAAGUUUCUGGCUGCUCUUGGUGUCCGGAAGACAGUGGCAUUGGAUAUCAUCUUCCAGCGUUUGCUCAACCCGUCGUCCGAAGGACAAGCCAAGUGGAGUCAUGUUGACCUCAUCAAAUACCUUGCCUCGGUCCGCGCAGAUAUUCCAAACGACGACCUUAAGAUGCUCAGAGAACAACGAAUCUGUCCAGCAGAGGCCGGUCCGGCUGGACAAGAGUUUACCAAAGCGAGCACACAACUUUACAAAGUCUCGGAGUUGCUCGAACCUAACGCUGCUCUUAGACCGCUCGGUGUCAAGAUUCUGCACUGGCCAGGGUUAUACCGUGCUAGUUCUGCGGAAGGCAAGUUUCUGUCAGCAUUGGGCUUGAAAGCCUUCCCUUCGGCCCCAGAACUUGUUGAACUCAUGUCCUCGGCUGACAAAGAGCUGCGUGUUCAUGCCAUGCAAUAUUUUGUCUCCAACCAUGUCAGUAAUAGAUAUGGCACAUUUGACAUCGCCUCAUGUGGGAAGUCCUUUCUUCCUUUAGAAGGAAAGUCAGGCCAUCUUGUUUCCCCCGGUGGGUGUUAUACCAAUGAAGCAUCCUCUGUACUUGGCUUCAACAUAUUAAAGAAGGACCUGCAUGAACACGCACCCAAAUUCGGUGUUAAAAGAGAUCCACCCAUCCAAGACUGUGUCAGUCGCUUACUCAGAAGCAUACCUCAGGACUCGCAAGCUGCCAUCACAGUGUUUAAUUACUUUGCGACUCGUGUCAAUGAGCUGGACACAACGAUAGACAUCAAGUUGCGAGACGCUCCGAUCGUGCCCGUCUUGCGUCGAAGACUGCCAACCGCGGUGUCGGAAAAAUCCACUAAGAGCAUCGUCACGCACAUCAGCCCGAGGAAUUGUUAUCUCGGUAGCUCGUCAACAUACGGCGAUAUCUUCGAUUUUGUCGAUUUUGGUCAGCAAGCCAACUCUUUCCUAUUCAGGCUUGGGGCAAAGAAUGAGCCGACCAAGUUGGAGAUUGCACAAAUGGCAGCAGGAGAGCCUGCUCGCUUACUCACCAUUUUCCAGAGUACAGAAAAGUAUCUCAACCUUCUCAGGUCGCUCGCUGAGGAUGUCAGUACCUUGAAGAGAGACAAAGACCUUUGGAGGAAGCUGAAGACAUCAAAGUUCUUGCUCGCGUUCAAGGAGGCCCCUUCAGCUAAGGGUGAGGCGGCAGAACUUGACGAAGACGACGUUCCCAGUAGACAGUAUCAAUUGGCCUCACCGGAUCAGGUUGUCAUUCUUGACGACUACAUAAGUUAUCGGUUAUUCAAAGAGGGCCUUCUCUGUGCACCUGAAGAAGACGGCUUGGAGACCUUCUAUGCUGCUCUUGGGUCGCAAAGCCUUGGCAGCCUUGUCACGGACGACCUAAAAGUCGGUGGUUAUAGUGAGAGUCAAGACGGCGCAAUAUGGUUGCGGAAGCACGUUGUCGAGCGAUCCAAGAUUUUCAUCCACGAGUAUUCCAAGCAUGCUCGAGAUCCCAUCAAGCAUGAUGCUAGAUGGUUGGAGAAGAAUCUGGUUGUUGAAGUCGUUCGCUCCCUAGCUCUCCGCCGGACAUUGCGUGGCCAUAGUCAGUCUCAUACGGAGAAAAAGUCUGCAGCAGCCGCUAUCACAAGCAGAGGCCUUGUUCUUUACGUUGCCUCAGAUCGUCCGCGACCAGACAUGUACCAAGUUGGAUAUGCAAUAUGCCAGCACAUUCUCCACCGUCCGUCCCAACAGGCGUAUACCUUUUUCGAACCCUUCCUGAAGCUCGACUUACUUGACUUGCGUUCUCGUGGUUACAAUGUUGAUCGUAUUCUGCGGGUCAAAGCGGCAGAAGCAAGGAUGGCAGAGGAAGAGAAGCGAGUAGCUUUGGAAGCUGAGCAAGCAAGGAUGCGUGACCAGGAAAGAGACCGAGCUCAGGCGCACCAAAGCCAACAGCAAACUGAGCCUGGUCCAUCGUCUCCAUCAACGCCUCGUGCACGACCGAAGAUGCCAGUGAUGCCAGGGUCUUUCGACAGCCCAGAAUCGCCCACCGCACCGGCUCCCGCGCCUGACCUCCCGCAAUGGGGAAGGAACCUCUUCUCGAAUAUACAGAAGCGGCUGGGUCUUGAAGAGAAUAACGAUGCUAAUCAAGUGCCUACAAAUGAAACGAAACAGCUCAAAGGAAAGGAAGCCAAGGGAACUAUCAAGCAGGAUGGUAUGUCAAAUGUCAACGACAACCUACUUAAGGCUGUCAACUCGACAAGAGGCUACGGCUCCUCGACCUUGUUCAGCCCGCCAACAACACAAGACGUCAAGGAGCAAGCGACCUAUUGCGACGAGACACCCCGACAAAACCUUCAUCUUGCAGCCGAGGCAUCCAACGGAAUGCCUGUCUUUGUUAUGAGGGACUUGAAUAUGGAUGUGCAACAAUUCCUAACUCAAAACCAUGAGAACAUCAAUACGUUCGGCUCCCUUAUCCGCCAUGUUGGAGACGUAUAUUCCGUGAAAGCCAAGGCACUUCACAUAUUCUAUGAUGAUUCUGGCACAACAAUCGCGUUCAAUAGCGACGGAAGUAUAUUCUGUAAUCUGCGGUAUUUUAACCAACUACAUGCAGCAGACAUGGCGGAUGGGCAGAAGAAGGCAGAAGCCGCCAUAUGGUGGUGGGUCGUGCUCGCUCACGAACUUGCGCAUAACAUCGAGAAGGUACACAAUGCCCAACACAGCUUCUACACCGAGAGCUUUGUGCAACAGUACUUUCCCAAGAUGAUGUUGAAGGCAGGCGAGCUGUCUGCCAUGACUAGGUCCUUGCCAGCUCCAAGCAAUCAGCCGCCUCCUUACAGCAAGCAUUAGAAGCGCGAUAUGGUGAAACGGAUUCUUCGUAGACAAUGAGCACGAGCGUGGAGUUGGGUCGGGUCUGUACUUGAUUUCAUUAUACGGGCAAGCAUUCAGCACCUAUCAAUAGAUUAAUUAGAGGCGCAUUUCGAAAUGUAUCAAUCCAAUCCGUUUUGACCGUCGUACUUCGGCCGCAUAUCAGCUAUAAAGAGGGAAAGCUGAGAUGUGAAGAGUAGUCCCAUACCGGGUGAUGGAAACAAAAACUCAAGAUGAUGGUACUGGUGGCCAUACUAUAGGCUUAUACUAUGAAACAUGAU